UUUAAAAGCGAUAAUAAAUUUAAAACACACCAUUGUUCCGAAAUUGUAACAGUUUUACCUAAUGAAAAUACUGUCAUUCAAUUUAAGAACUUCGAACGUAAACAAAAAAUCAAUUUUAUUAUAUACGCUGAUUUUGAAAGUAUGUUAAUUAAUUGUAAUUCAGACAGUAGUAAAAAUACGCAAAACCUAAAAAAGCAUGUCCCGACAUGUUUCGGUUAUUACAUAUGCUGCUCGCACGAUGCAAGUUUGAAUAAAUAUGUUUCUUACAGAGGUGAAGAUUGUGUAAAAGUUUUUGUUGAAUGGUUAAUAAACGAUAUUCAUGAAAUUCACAACAUACUAAUUAAAAAUAAUCCUAUGAAUCCAUUAACAUAUAAAGAACAGUGUAAUUAUGAGAAUGCUACACACUGUCAUAUUUGUAAGCAGUUUUUAUUUGGUGACAAAGUCCGUGAUCACGAUCACAUUACAUCAGAGUACAGAGGUGCAGCUCAUUCACUUUGCAAUUUGAAAUACAGAAUCUGUUCCUUUAUACCAGUUGUCUUACAUAAUUUGACGGGGUAUGAUAGUCAUUUAUUUAUAGAAGAACUUGCAAAGUACCCCGGGUCUAUCAAAAUAAUGCCACAGUCCAAGGAAAAAUAUUCAAGCAUAACAAAAACUAUAUAUUCUACUAACAAAUCGAGCGCCAAACCAAUUGAAAUAAAGUUUAUCGAUUCUUUUCAAUUUCUUAGUUCCAGUUUAUUUGAGUUAACCAAAAGUUUGAAUAAAGAGGAUUUUGUUAACUUGUCUAAAGAAUUUACUGAUACCCACCACUUUCAGUUAUUAACACGUAAAGGUGUUUACCCCUAUGAUUACAUUGAUUCCUGGUUGAAAUAUGAAGACAAUAAACUACCGACAAAAGAAAUGUUUUAUAAUACUCUAAAAUCUAAACACAUCUCAGAUAUUGAUUAUAAUCAUGCCGAAACUGUGUGGUCAGCUUUUAAUAUAAUGACUUUAGGGGAAUAUACUGAUUUAUACUUAAAAUGUGACGUCUUGUUGUUAAGCGAUGUGUUUGAACAUUUUAGAAAUACAAGUUUGAAGCAUUAUAAUCUAGACCCAGCCUAUUAUGUAUCUGCACCUAAUUUAAGUUGGGAUGCUAUGCUUUUGUUUACAGACGUAAAAUUACAGUUAAUACACGACUUAGAAGUAUAUCAGAUGAUAGAAAGAGGGAUACGUGGUGGAUUAGCCCAGUGUUCUCUUCGGAAUUCAAAAGCAAACAAUAAAUACACCCCUGAUUUUGAUACUUCUAGACCCACCUCAUAUUUGAUGUAUCUGGAUUGUAACAAUCUCUAUGGUUAUGCUAUGAGACAAAAAUUACCUGUAUCAGACUUUGAGUUUUUAACUUUAGAUCGGGUUAGAAAUUUUGACAUACUGACUAUACCAGAAAACGGUGAACAUGGAUACAUUUUAGAAGUUGACAUGAGUUAUCCUGAUCAUUUACACGAUCUGCAUGCCGAUUUGCCUUUUGCACCUGAAAGGUUUGUUCCCCCAGGUGGGAAGUCAGAAAAGUUAAUUGCAAAUUUAUAUGACAAAUACAACUAUAUCAUUCAUUUCGUACAUUUGAAGGAAUGUUUAAAGAACGGGUUAGUGUUACAGAAAAUACAUCGCAUUCUACGUUUUAGACAGUCUAACUUCCUACAAAAAUAUAUUGAUCUAAAUACUCGAUUACGACAAGAAGCUUCUACUUCAUUUGAAAAAGACUUUUUUAAACUAUUAAAUAAUGCUAUAUUUGGAAAAACAAUUGAAAAUAAGCGAAAACAUUUACAUGUUCAAUUAGCAAUAAAAUGGAAAGACAAUGACAAUAAAACAAACAAACACUUAGGUGCAGAAAAAAUAUUAUUAAAACCUAAUGUAAAGAAUGUAUCCAUAUUUAAUGAAAACUUUGUGGCUGUUCAAUUAAGUCCUGAAAAAAUUUGUUUAGACCGCCCGAUAAACAUUUUGACAAAGUUUUGCAAACAAAAAAAGUGUAUACCCAUAAUAUGAAUAUGAUUCGAUCAAUCAAACAUGUUUUAUAUUCACAGCAAGUUGAUAAAGUAGUUUUAAACUGCAACGAUGAUAAAAGGCAGAUAUUGCCUGACAAUAUACAAACAUUACCAUGGGGGCACUGUAAGACUAUAUUUUAAAUUAUAUAAUAAUGUGAUACUAAAAUUUGUUUUUGUUUGUUUUUUUUUGUACCUAUCUGUAAUAAUCUCCAGAAAUUUAAUAAAUUUAUUUACUCUGUUAAUCAAUUGUUUUAUUUAUGUUAAGACAUAUCCUAUAAAAAGCGUUGAGAUAUCAUAUUUUUUUCAUAAUAACAAUGAAAUUCAUUAAGCAUACCCAAACUC